AUGCUGCUGACGCUGCUACUGCUGCUGCUGCUGCUGGUGGUGGACAUCACUGGUGGUGGUGGUGGUGGUGGUGGUGGUGGUGGUGGUGGUGGUGGUGGUGGUGGUGGUGGUGGGCACACUGGGCAAUGGGAUGUGGUUUUGGCUCGACAUGGUGGAUCUGCAAGCUGGGCUUGGUGCGCCGAUUGUGAAGUGAAAUCCGCUGUUUUGGAUACGCAUGUGACAUAAUGAGCCCAUGCGGUGAGCUGGUGCGCGGAGGUAGGGCUGACAAUGGAGGAAGAUGCGGCGAGUGCAUGUGAGUGCUCGGGGGCUGGUUCAUAAUCCUCUGAGCGAUGGAUUCAGAAUUGACCGACGAGACCGAGGUGUGAGAUGAAUGUUUGAUCGCGACGACGGCAGGUAUGGAUCGAGUUCACAUCACUGGAUAUGGGGGUGCGCUGGUGAUGCUAACAUGUAAUGGAACUUCAGAUGUCAACCCAUCGGUGCGGGAGUGCGAAAUGCCGCGGUGUUGGUGGAGCUAGUCGCUGUGGUGGACGUAGGCAUUUGACCAGGGCGAAUGAUGACGGUGAUGGAUGGCGGCGAGCAGCAACGGUGUGAUCGGUAAUGACGGGGGUGGUCGCCGUCGCGGUGUUUGCGGCAGAGCGAGGAUAGGAGAAGAAAUCGACGUUGUCGGUAAUGGCGCAUUGCGUCGGAAGGUGUUCUACGAGACCAAUUUGUGCCCGAAAUGUUCGUUGACGCGGUGGGCAUGUUGGAGGCGGUUACGUAUUGGCGCUGCGAAGUGGGGACGGCCGGGAUUUUCGAGUUUCGCGACGGCGGCGGUUAUGUGGCUGACUUGGUAGAUCGCUGCACUUGUCACCACUGUCCUCCUAUAGGUCGGCUGGUCCCGGGCAAAGUCUUCCCGUUGGACUGGUUGGACUGCAGGAGCUUCAAAGAAGCCUUGCAGCGCCGGACUUGACCACCUUGCCAACGAGAACUCGUGUUGACGCAUCAUCUGAGCGAAUCACUCGGGUCAGUCAAAUUUCUGAAUGAUUUUCCACAGCCCUUCGCGAUUCACAGUGUCGAAGGCUUUCGUCAGAUACAAGAAGGUAGAGUAGAGAUGAAGCCGCAACUUUUGACAUUUCUCUUGCAGGGCGGCGAAUAUCGUGUCAAUAGUGCCACGAUGAUGACGGAAACCGCACUGGCUUUCUUUCAGGAGUCCUUGUUUCAAAUGAACGUUGAAGCGAUUGAAAGGAAUACGAGCUAAUAUCUUUCCGGCGAUUUUGAGCAACGAGAUUCCUCUGUAGUUGUCGCAGACUUGACAGUUCCGUUUCCGAUUUCAGAAAUGGACGAUUGUGGUGUACUUGAAAUCAUGAGGGACUUCUCUUUGGUGGUGCAUAUCUUUAAAGACCGCUGUCAGAUGAUUCACAGGUUGGGAGUUGCCGUGCUUGUAGAUAUCAGCAGGGAUCGCGUCUGGUCCGGGCUCUUUCCCACAGGAGAGUUGUUACACGGCUCUGAUGGUGUCUUAAAGAGAGGGAGGGAGGUCGAGGUCGGCGUUGGUCUCCACUUGAGACAGACGGAGGAUGGCGGCGUCGGAGAUGUUGGAGAGACGGUUGAGGACGCCUCUGAAGUGCUCGGCCCAUCGCUGCAAAUUUGCGUUCUCCCAUUAUUUAGGAUAGUUGCAUCGACGCUGAGAAGACGAGCGGUUCCUUUGACUGUGGGGCCGUAGGCAGCCUUAAUAGUGGCGAAGAAGUUCUUCCAGUCGUUGCGGUCCACGUACCCUUGGAUUUGUUCGGUCUUACGAGCCGUCCAGACGUCCUGUAUCUCCUGCAGCCGCUACAGCACAAGGCGGCGACUUUGGUAGAAAUCUGCUUUGUUUCCGUCUCCGUGCGACUGCUGGUUGAAUUAGGCUUUGUGCAGACGAUUUUUCUUUGCGAACAGGUUGCAGUUGACGGCCUCGCUGUCGUACAGUCCUGGUGCUGGCGACCGCUAACUUGGAAUAUGUCAGUUUAUACUGGGAUCUACAGGCGCAGACCGACAUUUGGUGUAUGAAUAUUUGGACCGAAGUCCUGGCAUUCUCUUACCUUUAGGUCUCCUGCGGCACGGUUGGCGGAUCCCACUUUGGAGACGACGAAACGAUGGUCAGUCCACCCGUCGGCACACGUGAUGAUCGUCUUUGUCACCAGCAUUUCCUACUGGCCCCGCCUCUGGAUGCGAACGUGGUCCAGAGGGUGCCGCUGUCAGAACCGAGGGUGUAUCCAGGUCACCUUCUCCCUCGUCGGAAGGCGGAAGAAGGUGUUGGUCAGGAUGAGGCGGAGCUCUGCGCAGGCUCGUAG